ACGAGCUUCAUACAGACGGAGUUGGGGGGACGGCUGGGGGCGCCAGACGAGUCAGGGGGGGGACCAGGUACAGGAGCAGGAGUCCUCCCACUCCCCCACAGAGGGACAAUACAUGAAUCACUGCACCAAACAGAGACAUGUAGAACUAAAUGAUGAAUAAUAGAAUAUAGAAGAGAGGAAGAGUAGAAGUAGAUGAGAAAAGAGGACAGAACCCCAGAGCACCAUAGUUACCCCAGCUUCUGCUUAGGGUCAAGCUUAGGGUUCAGGUCAGGGCUAGGCUUAAAAAGGGAGGGGGGGAUAGAGGGGUCUUGUCAGUAGUCCGUGGGUACGGUCGUGGAUAGGUUGUAGUGCAGGCGGGAUCUGGAAAACAUUUAUGUGGGAUCAGAUCAUCCCUGAAGUGUGUGUGGUGCAAAGGUCAGGUCCUCGAGUCCCAGUCAACAAAACCAUCAACCGUCAAUCAUUGUCACAAACACAUCAAAGCAGAAUCAAACACUGAUCCAUCAUCACUGGAACAGAAGAUUCUAUGCAGAUUCUCUGCUGAUUCCCACCUUCAGAGUUCCUAAAAGCUCUUUUUCUUCUGCGGGAAUGAAGUCGUCCCCACUUUGGGUUUAAACCCCGAAAGAAGUUUUCAGAACCAGAUUCUGGUCACCAGAUCCCGGCCCAGAGGGGGCUACUCACCCCCAAUGCCAGCCCUGAUGUGUCUGUUUACCAGAAAGGAGAUUAUGCAAACUCUGUGUCACAAUGACGCCUCUGACCGCCACUCACGCUUUGAAAGUCAAAUUCCCGUCUCUUUACGGUCUCCAUCUGCAGCCCCAGCAUCAUUCGGCUGCUGAGGUGGAGCGGCACGCCUGCUCUUCAGAGGACGGGAAGAUGGUGUUCUUCUGGCUUCUCUUCCUUCUGUCUUUGGACAUCUGCCAGGCUGCAGGAAACGCAAACUCAACCCAAGUUUACUACACAAAAAUGACGGUAGACAAAAAUGCCCUUAAAACCAUCCUAGACACACUAGCAGGCUUUAACUGUAAUGAUGGAAACAAGAUCAUCACUGAGCUCAACAUGACCACACGCUGUGAGACAGUAGGAAAGACUAAAACCUGUGUCUGCAGUGACGGGUACAAAUGGAGCAAUCAAGUCAUUCAGUCCAACAAAGACAGUUGUGAUGACUCCGUGUGCACGCUCCCAAACGACUCCCACCUCACCUGCAUUUCAAAGAAAACGGUUAAGGUCUCAGGAUCCAUCACUUUAACUGAGAAGCCAAAUUAUGCGGAUUGUCUGCUGCCAACAAGUUCCCAAACUUACAGCGAUUGCAAAGACGACGUGGAGAAAGCUUUGAAGAGCGUCUACAGCACUUUGAAAGGACUCGACACUUUCACCAUAAUAGGAUUCAGGCCUGGAAGUGUCAUCGUAGACUUUGAAUUGACUGUCGUCGAUGUAAUCACAGCAAAUACUCUGUUGGAAACAUCACAAAACGUGACCAUUUCAAAAACAAUGAGUCUGGAGACCACAGGUAUGGUCACCGUAACCGUGCCAAAGGACAAGGUGUUUUACAAUUACAGCGCCGUGGUCACCUGCACAACCGUAGAGGAUCUGAAGCUCGACCCGACGUGGACGCUGAGAAGAGAUGGUUUGAACUUUGACAUCACUAAUGGCACAGUCUCAACACUUAAAACAAAAAGUUCAACAGAAUUCCAGAUCGAUCUGAAAAAUGUUGACAAGCAUUGGACAGGUGAAUACGACUGCAGCUUCACAAAAAGCAACUCAAACAUCAGCGUAACGUACAAGGCCAACGCCACCAUAGACAUCUGCCUGAAGCCAGACAUCAUCAACUCUGUGGAACCCGCUUUUCCACUCUGCACAAGAAAGGAUCAACUCCUGUUUGUGACGGUCACAUGCCAGAUAAUGAAGAGCAGUGAAAGCUAUAACGUGACAUGGCCAGCAGAUUACAGGAUAAACCCAACGACUAACGAUUCAAACACGCUGACGUAUUCUGCUCAGAAGCUAAUCGACUGUUCCAAAUCGAAUGACGCUAAAGGAGCUUGCAACUUUACAAACAGAUGUAACCAGAUCCAGGAAAGUUCAUUCGAAAUUGCUGUCAUUGGAGUUGGGGAUAAGUACUGCCAGCAGGACAAAGACUGGCAAAACACCAAGAACAAUUCCAUAGCAAAGCUGAAGUGCAAAGGUGGGGCUGGAGAGAGGAAAAGAAAAUGCGACGAACACGGGAACUGGGAGGAGGAAGUCUCUGAAUGUUUGGUCUUAUCUCUGAAGAAUGUGCUGGAAAAAGCAACAAUCGCUAACAGUGGACUUGGUGAUGUGAAUAGAAAUGCAGCAGAAGUCCUGCAAAAUUUCAGCAGCCUCACCAGAACGGAGGACCUGAACACUCGGGCAAACAUAGACGCAUCUGUAAAAGUUUAUACUACUUUGAAAGGAAUGAUAAACACCAUAAAUAACGGAACUACAGUGGAGAACUUCCUGGAGUCUUCCAAUAACCUGCUGAACAAGAGUUUAAGCAGUUCCUGGACCAGUGAUGUUCCAAGUUACUACCAGAAGGAAAACGGUUCACUGGCUGCAGAGUAUUUGUUGUCAGUUGAGGCCUUAAUAAAGAAAUCGAACAUAUCGAUAGACAGGGAGAAGAAAAACCUGGUUGUGAAGAAUUGCAAUAAUAAAGCGUGUGACGGACUCUUCAACAACAGUGUCAGUCUUCAUGCUAACGUCAGUGGAGACAUUAAAACAGCUGCAUUCAAGAACCUGCAGGAUUAUCUGACCAAAAAUGACAGCAAUCGCACCAUCAACAGUCUAGUCGUGUCCACAGCUGCCGAUGUAACCGGGGAGGUUAUGAUUGUUAUUGAUUUUGACUUGCAAAAGCAAAGGCCGCGGGAUACUGAGUUGAUUUGUGUGUACUGGGACAACUACACACAUGCAUGGUCAGAGGAGGGAUGUGCAUGGAAAGGUCCUUCAGCAGAGGGACAAUGCGUCUGCAACCACCUGUCCUCAUUUGCUGUCCUCAUGUCCAAAACCCCCCUGAGGGUCCCCGCUUUGAGCAUGUUAACCACGGUUGGCCUGUCAAUAUCCAUCAUGUCCCUCAUUGUCAAUCUCGCCAUAGAGAUGAUCGUCUGGCAGCAGGUCGUCAAGACCAACACUCUGUAUUUACGCCACGCGGCCCAGGUCAACAUCUCGGUGUGUUUGCUGGUGGCAGACAUCUGCUUUCUGGCCUCUUCCAAGCCUGAUGACGCUGAAAGCAACGGACAGACCUCAGUCUGGUGCAGGAUCUUUGCAGUGCUGAAGCACUUCUUCUAUCUGGCCAUGUUCUUCUGGAUGUUGGCCCUAAGCUCCACCCUCCUCCAUCAAGCUGUUUUCCUGUUCCAUAAGGUCAGCAAGAAGACCUACCUGCGCUUCUCCAUCCUUCUGGGCUACGUUUGCCCUCUGCUCAUCGUCUUCAUCACCUUUCUUGCCAACAACGCUGGAGAGGAGGGCUCAUACUUCUCAUCAGACACCUGCUGGCUGGUUUACAACGGGCUUUUGAAGGGAUCCAUCUUCACGUUCAUCAUUCCCGUGGGCGUCAUAGUUUUCUUUAACACGUUUUCCAUGCUGGUGGUCAUCAUGAAGCUUCUGGAACAUCACAAAAAUGAUGACACUCAAAUUGAUAAGGAGAAAGCAGCGGCCAAAACCGUCAUCAGAUCAGUUGUUCUUCUGACUCCCAUCUUUGGCCUGACCUGGGCUUUUGGCUUAAUGAUAAUGAUCCUCGACCUCACCUCUGGAGAUGUUGCUUAUGCUGUCAAUUACAUCUUUGUUAUUCUCAACGCAUUCCAGGGUUUUUUCAUCCUGCUGACAUGUCUGAAAGACAAAAUGAUUCGUGAAGCUCUUCUGACUCGUUUCAAGAAAAGGGACGUGACGCCCAUCAGUACAAGUACCGUCAAGACCGAGACGUCGUGGAAGAAGUGACGUCAUUGAAGUGCUUUGCAUCUGCUCUGAUGUGGGACUUUCUUUCCCAGAUACUCAACGUGACUGAUGGUCCAAAGCUCCUUUAGUUGAUCUUAACUAGACGAUGUCCUUCUGACUGGCUAAACAUGUGGAACCAUGAAACCUGCUGUAAUGACCUUAAGAGUGGAAAAUGUUUCCAACAACUGAUGUCUUUAUGGUCUGGAGCUGUUGACCUGGUGAGGGUUUCGUUGUCAUAGCAACAACAUGUGUCCAAACUUUCGGUUCAGUUAAUGUCACUGUCAGAGUCAUACAGUUUUACAAUUCAUCAUACAAUUACAGGAUUUGCAUUUGUCAGCCGGAUCUUAGUCCGUCAUCGUGAGGCGUCUUAAUUUUCCCCAUCAGGAACCUUUCGGUUCCGAAAAAUCCUGCUGGGAUUCAAAGCGGGAAACACGGCAGCUGUCACAGAUGACAGCAGACUCACACACACUCUUUGAAGUACCACAACUCUUCAACCAUUUACACAAUUUACGUAAUUCUGAUUCUGACAUGGAGAAAAGAGGCUUGGCACCGAUUUUGGCUCAAAGCCGCUUUUCUCCGCCUCAGAAUCCAUUAAUUGUCUAAACGGUUAAAGACUAACCAGUAAAAAACAUCGGCGGGUACGUGCCCUCCCCCGUCGGCGGGUACGUGCCCUCCCCCCUCAGCUGGUACGUGCCCUCCCCCCCCGGCGGGAACGUGCCCUCCCCCCUCAGCUGGUACGUGCCCUCCCCCCUCAGCUGGUACGUGUCCUCCCCCCUCGACGGGAACGUGUCCUCCCCCCUCAGCUGGUACGUGCCCUCCCCCCCCGGCGGGAACGUGCCCUCCCCCCUCAGCUGGUACGUGCCCUCCCCCCUCAGCUGGUACGUGCCCUCCCCCCUCGGCGGGUACGUGCCCUCCCCCCUCAGCGGGAACGUGCCCUCCCCCCUCGGCGGGUACGUGCCCUCCCCCCUCGGCGGGUACGUGCCCUACCCCCUUUAGUGGGAACGUGCCCUCCCCCCUUUGGCGGGUACAUGCCCUCCCCCCUCGGCGGGAACGUGCCCUCUGCUCUGGUUACAGGAGCAGCUUUUUCCACAGUUAGGAUGAAAAACAUCCAUCCAUCAACAUCCAGACAUACCAUGGUCCUGUUGCUACCUGAGUCUGUUUUGUGAUUGGUUGAUUUUAUUAGCCAGUCACCAAAGCAUUACGGGGUAAACUUCUUAUUAUUUAAGCAAGUUUUGGAUGAAAACUACGACUUUAUAGAUAUUAACACUAUCUUGAAACUUAGUAGAGUCCUACUAAGUACUAUUACUACUUAAUGCUACUACUUAAUGCUAUUUUUAAGGACUACUAAACGUAGCUGUAUCAUAUCUCUUUAAGGUAGGCAGUUAUUAUGUUUUUUGGGUAAGGUGGGGGCUACAGAAUCACAGACACGUUUAAAGAGUAAUGUGUCAAAAUGUAAAGUGUGAAUGUCUGGUUUCUGUUGAAGUUAGUCAGCGCUGCAUGUAAACACAAACACUCACACCACAUUGUUGUCAUGGUAAUUGGUCUUUUUUGUGAUGUCACAACACAAACUGUCAAUAAACAACAUGAAACAUU